GCCUUCAGAGCUCUGUGUGUGUUUCACUACCAAGCAGCCCAGCAGCCAGUUCUCUGGGGCAGGUGGUAGGUUGAUGGGGGACAUCCAGAGGCUGCCGGAGGGCAGAAGCCGACUGCGCCGACUCUCCCGGACCCCUUGUCCAGACCAGGGACCACCAAGGAAGUCCCGCAAGAAGCUCCAAGUUAUCAUCUGUGUACUGCUUGUGGAGCUGUGUGAAAGAUUCACUUUCUUUGGGAUUGUAUGCAACAUGAUUCUCUUCUGCACUGUGAAGCUGGGCUAUGAUUACUACCUGGCUGCGACUGUCAACCUGUGCUUCGUAGGAGCCAGCACCCUGACCCCCGUUCUGGUCGGGUGGUUCGCAGAAACCUGCUUGGGAAGGAGCAAGGUGCUCUACUUGUGUGCUUUCCUUCAUUUCUUUGGCACAGCCAUGCUGCCCGUGGUGGCGUUCCCAUUUGAAGAUUUCUACAUAGACACUCAUCACAUGACGCACCAGCUGGAACAUCGGGAGCAGCAGAUCUUGUUCUACACCGGCCUCCUGGCUGCUGCGCUGGGCAUCGGCGGCAUCCGGGCCAUCCUCUGUCCCAUGGGAGCCUACAGCCUACAGACCUACAAUCAGCAUCAGCUCCUGUCCUUCUUCAACUGGUUCUACUGGUUGGUCAACUUGAAUUCCACCGUGGUGUUUCUGGGCAUUGCUUACAUCCAGCAGUCUGUGGCCAAAAAUCUCGCCUUCCUCAUCCCCUUCACCUCUGUGCUGCUUGCUCUAAUCGCCAUACACAUGAUGCGGAACAAACUCACCUACAAACCCAAGAAAGGUGGAUCGUUGCUGACCACACUGGGAGUUUUCCUGAACUCUCUCAAGAUGUGCUGCCUCCACUAUCGCCACCUGAGUGGAGAUGUAACAUCUUGGCUGGACCGGGCCAAGGAGAACAAUGGUGGCCGUUACAGCGAAACGCAUGUAGAGAAUGUCAAAGUCCUGGCCAAGCUCUUCCCUCUUUACGGGCUUCAGCUGCUGUACAGAGCCUGCGUCACACAGAUUCCCUCAGGUUACUACAUACAGACGAUGAACUCAAACCUGCAUCUGAACGACCUCCUGUUGCCCAUCGGUGCCAUGAAUGUGAUCAGCAUCCUACCUCUGCUGCUCUUAGCCCCACUGAUCGAGUGUGUGACGACUUGCUACCUCUCCAUGGAAAAAACUCCUCUGGCACCUGCAAAAGUCAUCACUCUGGGCCAUGCGUGUGCCACUCUGUCAGUCCUGGUGGCAGGUUUGUCUGAGCUAUAUAGGAAGACAUACCCUCUGGUGGAGCAGACUCUGUCUGGAAAAGUCCUGCAAGUGUCGGCCAUGCCGUGUUUCCAGCUGGCUCCUCAGUAUAUCCUACUCGGUCUCGCAGAGGCUCUCGUCACCCCUGCAUGUUCCCUGAUUUCUUUCCAGCUGACCCCGAGCCACAUCAGAGGGAUCUCCCUGCACUUCCUCACUCUGUCCUAUGGAGGGGGCUGCUUCCUCGGAGCUUUCAUUAUUCAGCUGGUGUACUUCAUCUCUGGAGGUAACUUCUACCCAAACACACUGCAUGAUGGGAAUCUGGAGAGAUUCUUCUUCCUCUUGGCCACACUGAUGGCUAUAAACACCCUUGUUUGUUGGAGGGUAUCUUACAGGUACAUAGACCUGAGUGUGCAGGGUAAAGCACUGACCAUCAGCCCUCUGACUGAGAAGCUGCUGCAUUACAAGGCCUGUCUGCGCUUCUACGACACUGUAGAUCGCUCCUACACAACCGCCUCCAUUGAAUCUAUUUUAUGAUCUUUAUUGUGACCUUUGUCAGCGGCGCUGGCGCUGCAUGUUAUGUCAAAAUCUCAAACGUGGGAAAUUGUGGGCUGAACUGUAUGAAAUACGUGGAAUGUAAAUAUUUUUGUUGUUUUUAUAGUAACAGAAUUUGUGCAUAUAACAUUUCCCAUACUGAAUGUGACCAAAACUUUGGCCUAUUACAUUACUUUACUUUUU